AUUAGCCCAGCAGCAGUCAGCAGCAGAGAUGUUGAGGUUGCAGGCAUUUUCAAUUCCCGACUACAAUCAUGUGACCUUUCCCUCCUCACAUGUCAUUCCUACUUCACUCCAUCUCCACCGUCAGUGGGUAUCUUUUCCCACCACACUGGCGCGUUUCCGAUCACUCCCUACCGUCAGGAUAUGCAGCACUUCCCUUGCAUGCGAUUUCGGUGGUGGCAUAGGAAUGAGUGGUUUUUAUGAUGUUGAGCUUAAAGUCCGCGACUAUGAGCUUGAUCAGUAUGGCGUUGUUAACAAUGCUGUCUAUGCAAGUUAUUGCCAGCACGGUCUUCAUGAACUUCUUGAAUGGGUUGGCAUGAGUGCUGAUGCAGUUGCCCGAACCGGUGAAGCAUUCGCUUUAUCAGAAUUGUCUCUGAAAUUCAUUGCACCUCUAAAGAGUGGAAACAAGUUUGUCAUAAAGGUCGGGAUGACCCACUCCUCAGCAGCUCGCGUGUACUUUGAUCAGUUCAUUUUCAAGCUGCCAAAUCUAGAGCCUAUCUUGGAAGCAAAGGCCACAGCAGUGUGGCUUGAUAAAGGCUAUCGCCCAGUCCGUAUUCCAUCGGAGGUGACAUCUAAAUUUGUCCAGUUUCGUCGCCAUAAGGAGUCUAACGGUGUCCUGCACAACGGAGUUGGUCCCAGGGAAGGUCUUCGUUACUAAAAACUCCAGUGGGAUAAUGGUAUCUUCGAACGGAGGAAGAAUAAAAUAGAUUCCAUUCACAGAAUUAAGUAAUUAAGAUUGUUGUUAUUAUUAGAAGAUUUAAGUAUAGGAUUCCUUAGCAUCUAUGUCUAUAUGAGACACAUAAUGUGUAAUAAUGUUCAAUAAAGUUCAUGAUUUUCCAUUUAAA